CGAACACUUCCAUCCGUACACAGAAGUCGAUAUGCCCUCUCCGCUUCCAUCCCGGCCAUUCAGUGUGAUCUUUUCCCCACGUGUUCUUCGCACAGUUUAGUUAUAGUUGUUCAGAUCUUCCCCUGUGGCAUGGCAUGUGUGGCAAGGGCCAUGCGUUGCCGCCUACAUCGAUGUAUGUAGUGGCGAUAUGUAGUCACGCGGCGAAUUCCCAAACCAUCUGAAUAUAGGAUUUGAAUACGUUCAUGGCAACCGUGUUGCGGUGAGCCGCCGACACUUCUUGCACGACGUGCGAAUGUACAGCAGCGUACGCAUGAGCGGAGUGGGCAACGUGUUGUUUCGAUGUCAGACAUCUUCCAGUGAAGUAGAAUUCAGUACACUUUGUAUAUAUUCAGAGCGUUGCAGCGGUGCGCGUUGUCGAGGUGGCUCUCUUUUGUUCUUGCCAGCUGGUGGUUCGAGAGUCUGAGCGUGACCAUGUGAAAUAGGCGUGAUCGCCCCCGCAUGUAUCGAGCAUCCGUUUGAACGGACAAGUCAAGACAUUUGGUACGACAAUGUUUGUCUGUGUUACCAUGUCCUAGCUCCACGCCAGCGCACGAUGCCGUUUGCUUUAAGUACUGGCGAUUCCCCACCCAGCAGGCCGUUCCAAAAUCUGUGCGACAUUUGUUUCUGGGCACUCUGGUUGCGUGCUCCUCCGCUGGAGGAAGGCGCCAUCCCUCCUUUUUAUCUUGCUUAUCCACCCCUCUUGCUCACAGGUCCUGGUAAGGGAAUGCGGGCGGCCUCUUUUGCGCAAGGCCUCUAGCGGGGAAUGUGCGGUGCCGUAUUUGCGUGCCUGGUGCCUCCUUGGCCUGGCCCGGUCUGUGGUGGAGCCGGCGAGCGCGGCAGCGGCGAUGGCGCGAGUGCAUCACCUUGCCUUGGUGGAUGCUCUGGCCCAGUUCGGCGGCCGCGCGGCGGAGCAGGACCUGGCCGCUCUCCUGCACGUCCCCAUGAAGGAGAGGCGCCGGCAGCUGCAGCGCCAGCUGGACGCCGCCUUCGGCAGCCUCCCGGACCCAAAGCUCGCGGAACGGAUGGGUCUCAUUGCUGCCAGCAUCCACGCCGCCGUAGGUCUGCCGCAGGCCAGCGGCCUUACUGCCGUCGUGCCCCUGGUUUGCCGCGCGCCAUGCGGGGUUCCCGGCGGGCGGGGCGAGCCCCCCCCCCCCCCCGCCUUUUUUUUGUAUUGUUUUCUUUGCAUUCUGCCACUUGAUUCCUUUAGCGCUAAUAAAACGAAUUCAGUGCCGGCGUGCCUUGCCCUGCAGCGUGGAGGUUCUAGGGUGCGAUUAAUGCGCCGUGCCGUGCCGUGUUCUGUUCAUGUGUCGGGCCCUGCCGAGCUUGAGCUCCAGUAGAGUGCGAAAAGCGUGCCGUGCCCUAACUACCGCGCCGCACCCACGUACCGUGCCAUGCGCCGUACCAUGCCCUCGUUCCGUGCCGGG